AUGCCGAAGAAAUUGAAAGUAGUUGUAAAAUCCCUAUACUCCCAUGAAAUUAGGAAAGACGUGAGCUUGGAGUCUUUGCAGUCACUCAAAUUAGAAGAUGCCUGGCCUUUUAUCAGGGAUGAAAUUGAGAUCGAAAUCGGCAGUAGUCAGUUGGUGUGUAUCCCUCAUAUUACUGAAGCGGAAUUGUACAAAGUUACCUCCCUGUUUGUUCCAAAUGAAAAGGAAACCAACGGUAAAAUGUUUACACCACUCGGUGAACUGGUGAAGAAUAUGAAUAAGGACAAAUCUGAUGCAAGUUACGUGGAAUGGCUACAAGAGGGUAAAUUUCGGGACGAGGAAUUCAAAUUUCCACACGAGAGCGUAAAAAUCACGCUGCAAGAUGAAUCUAUUAAAAAUAAAGUAAGAGUCAUCAUGGUGAAUUUCACAAGGAACUUUAUUCCGGAAGACAAAGAUCUCAUUAAUAACGUAUACUUAGACGUGGAAAACAACAAAGAUCUCAAAGGCAAGAAGUCAGUAUACAUGAUCACAAGUGUCUUGAUGGCGAAAACCAUUGAGUUUAGAGUAACCCGUCAAACUUCGUCCAGAAUAUUCCACCUUGGGAAUGCAUCUCCCCUUGUUUUUGGACUUGAAGAGUUCAUCAUUGGAGAAGAUGGAAAACUCACUGCUAAGUUGCCAGUCACGAUUAAAUCUAAGGCGCUUCGUUGGAAGAAGGUAGACCCUUCGGAUCAUUUAUACAUCCCAGAAAACAAGGAUAUGGCAUGUCGGGCUUAA